AAUAAUUUUGAUUUGGGUUUCUAGUUCCCUCCUCCUUUCCCAUUCUGUCUUUCCCCUGCUCUUCCCUUAACCCUGUCCGUUUCUUUCUCAGCAGAUGAACCAUUUCAUACAAACCUAAAACCAAUUGAUACAUAACAUAGUAGAGGUUAUUAUUUUUCUCACAACAAAACACAAUGGGUGACAAUAAACGCAAAAGAGGUCGCAAACCCAAAACCCCCGAAACCCUAGAAACCACCGCCACCACCACCACCACCACCACUGCUACCACCACCGUCGCAGACAACCCUUCCACUAUUAUCGACGACGACUUCUCCGUCGGAAACGUUGAACUCAUCGACAACGGCCCCCCUUCUCAACUCGGCCGUGGCCGUCGUGGCCGACCCAAGAAGCACCCCGCUAUUCCCGAGAAGCCACCCGCAGGCCGCCGCCUUACCCGCUCUGACAGCAACGGUGCCGUCCCGGCGGUCCCGCCUCCGGUUGAAGCUGGGGGUGCUACACCAAUGGAUGCGGACCCUAUAUGGGAGAGAUUGUCGACGAGGGUGUUGCCUUCGAUGGAUUCGGUGGUGAAAGUGUUCUGUGUUCAUACAGAACCGAACUUUUCGCUUCCAUGGCAGAGGAAGAGACAGUAUAGCUCUAGUAGUACUGGGUUUGUGAUAAGUGGGAAGAGGGUUCUCACCAAUGCACAUUCUGUGGAGCAUUAUACUCAGGUUAAGCUCAAGAAACGUGGUUCUGAUACUAAGUAUUUGGCCACCGUUCUUGCCAUUGGAACUGAGUGUGACAUUGCCAUGCUUACUGUUGACGACGAUGAGUUCUGGCAAGGGAUGUCGCCUGUGGAUUUUGGGGAGUUGCCUACCCUUCAAGAUGCAGUAACUGUUGUGGGCUACCCAAUUGGUGGAGACACUAUCUCUGUGACCAGUGGUGUUGUAUCACGUAUUGAGAUUUUAUCUUAUGUCCAUGGUUCCACAGAGCUUCUAGGUUUACAGAUAGAUGCUGCUAUAAAUUCUGGAAAUUCUGGCGGACCUGCAUUUAAUGGUAAAGGAACCUGUGUGGGGAUAGCAUUUCAGUCCCUCAAACAUGAAGAUGUGGAGAAUAUAGGUUAUGUCAUUCCAACGCCAGUUAUCAUGCAUUUCAUCCAGGAUUAUGAGAAGAAUGGAGGAUAUACUGGAUUCCCUAUUCUUGGGGUUGAGUGGCAGAAAAUGGAAAAUCCUGAUCUACGAAUGGCAAUGGGCAUGAAAUCUGAUCAGAAAGGUGUGCGCAUUAGAAGAAUCGAUCCUACUUCUCCUGAAUCUAAUGUUUUGAAACCGUCAGAUGUUAUUCUUAGCUUUGAUGGGGUUGAUAUUGCCAAUGAUGGAACAGUUCCAUUUCGCCAUGGAGAGCGCAUUGGUUUCAGUUAUCUCAUAUCACAGAAAUAUACUGGCGAUGAUGCAGCAAUCAAAGUAUUGCGGAGUUCAAAUGUUCUCAAAUUCAAUAUUAAACUUGAUGGUCAUAGAAGGCUUAUUCCAGCACACAGCAAGGGCAAGCCUCCCUCAUAUUAUAUCAUUGCAGGAUUUGUUUUUUCAACGGUUUCGGUUCCUUAUCUUCGUUCUGAGUACGGGAAGGACUAUGAAUAUGAAGCUCCAGUCAAGAUUUUGGAUAAACUGCUGUAUGCAAUGCCACAAUCACCAGAUGAACAACUUGUUGUGAUUUCUCAGGUGCUGGUGGCUGAUAUUAACAUCGGAUAUGAAGAGAUCGUUAACACCCAGGUCGUUGGUUUUAAUGGUAAACCUGUAAAAAAUCUUAAGAGCUUGGCCGCAAUGGUAGAGAGCUGUGAUGACGAGUAUCUGAAAUUUGAUUUAGAUUAUGAGCAGAUAGUGGUUCUUCGCACGAAAACUGCAAAAGCUGCCACGCUAGAUAUUCUUGCAACACACUGCAUUCCAUCAGCAAUGUCUGACGAUCUCAAGUCAUAGUCUUGUACAUUCUGCAUCUAGGUUGCUGCGUUUUCAUGAAUAUUUUGGUUAAAAUAGAUGCAGAUGUGUAAGCUUGACUUAAAUUUUUGUUAGAUUGAUUCCCUACAUGUUACCGGGAGCCGCAGAAUGUUUUAUUUUUAUGUACUAAUGCUUUUUGGGGAUGAUGAGUCCAGUUUUUGAAAGGGAUGAUAGAUAGCUAAGUAGGAUUUACGCUUGUCUUCCGGUAUAAUUACUGUAUUAUUUUUAAUUAUGAGGGCACUGAGCAACGUGGAAGAAUUUUCAUUACUCUCA